UGGCCACCCCUACCCAAAGACAAGCCAAAACCUGAUCAAAUGCCGCCCCAACAACUCCAUGUCCGACAGCCGGCGCCGCGGCAAACUGUACGCGCAGCACGAGAUCCGCGACGCCGCCCCUUCAACACCAGAUCUCGACCUGUCGCCACUCGCCUCCCCAACCGACCUUAACCCAACCCGCAAUCCGCUCAGCGCAAGCACUUCUUCCAGUGCGGCGGCGGCGGCAGGAGACCCAUUCGUGUAUUCCUUUGACCGCACCGACUCGCCCGGCGGCCCGCUCACGCUCGAGGUGUUCGUCAAGCCCGGGGUGGGGCACGGCAAGGGGGACCAGACGGAGAAGUUGGUCGAGAGGGAGUAUGAGGUGUUGGACGGGAAUGGGGAGGCGGUGAAGGGGCGAAAGGCGAGGGCUGUUUUGAGGAGGGGCGGGACUGGCAGUGUUGAACCCAGUGCGGGGACGGGAAUGGGAGUGGAGGAGGCUGGGGAGGAGGAUGAGGGGUUCGAGUUGCUUUAAUGCUUUUCUUUUUUGUUCCUGGGGUGGGCGUUGUCAUCGUGAAGGUCGCAAGGGUGGCCCCUCCUUGCCGGUUGGUUGGCGAUGACUGACGGCCAUUUGGUCAUUCGUCCCGCUGGGUUGAGAGCGUCUUUUUGAGCCUAGUUUCUGCGCCCGGGGGGGGGGGAAGGGAAGCAGGGCGGGCGGGCCUUUCCUCUUUCGCCUCCUUUUUCCUUAUGCAUCUGUUCCUAGAGCGUUCCUAGCAGCACUUUAGUCGGUGGUGUAUUCAUAUUAUGGAAUCUUGAUCGGAUAGGACUGGCUGGGAAUCCGACCGCCUCACGGCAUGGGUUGCAAACCGAAGCGUCCUCUUGUUGCAUUACUGCAUGGGGAAUUGCACACCUCGCGGACAGUAGUCUUUCAGGAUUGGCUCGACCGCAGCUAGAGCACUAGGGACUAUCCGGGCUCAUAGUAAUUGAUCAUCAUCAAAGCCCGCUUCCAUCACU